AAGCGUACGGAUAACACAGGAUAGCGAUUGGCCCCUUCUCGUUUCGGAGAUGCGGCGCUAUCCACUGCAUAUCAACGUCGCCCUCACCGUCGUGUUACUGGCGAUGUGUGCAACCGUCGUGCGGGCCGGCAAACGAGAGAGGGAGAUCUGGUAUGAAACGGCAACGCGAGCGAUCGAGACGCGGAUCAGAGAGGCAGCGAGUACCAGCGUCAGCGGCACGACGCUGCCGACUGGGAUAGCACGUGGUGUCGUCCUCUUCGUCGGCGACGGCAUGGGAAUGAGUACUCUCACAGCAGCGAGGAUUCUCGCAGGUCAGCGUCACGGAAACCCGGGUGAAGAGACCCAACUUGCGUGGGAGAGCUUCCCGGCAGUAGCGUUGGCGCGGUUGCACAAGUCGAAUGCAGUUUCGCUUUUAGGAUAA